AAAGAGGGUGCCGGCAGUCGGACCCCGACCUGCCCGCAUGAAUCGGCCGGCCGGCCGGUCGACUCCACGGCGUUAAUGUCCAUCUCGGGUCCGACGAGACCAGCUCAGAGGGGCCCGUGUUGGAAGGAGAUCUAAGAUGAAGUUAUGGGAUGUUGUGGCUGUCUGCGUGGUGCUGCUCAACACAGUCUCCACCUUGCCCCUGCCCACCGGUAAGACGCCUCCCAAGGGGUCCCCUUCAGUGGUAGAGGGACCUGAAGAUGAUCUCUCCCCCAUCAGCCUGCUGCCUCCCUAUGCUGUGCACAGUGACUCUAAUAUGCCAGAAGAUUAUCCAGAUCAAUUUGAUGAGGUAGUGGACUUUAUUCAAGCCACUAUUAAAAGACUGAGGAGGUCACCAGACAAACAGACUCCAAUUUUUUCUAGGCGGGAGAGAAAUCGUCAAAAUGCAGCCACAAACAUAGAGAAUUCCAACAAAAAAGGAAGGAGGAAUCAAAAGGGAAAGAAUCGAGGAUGUGUCUUAACAGAAAUACAUUUAAAUGUGACCGACUUGGAUUUGGGAUAUGAAACCAAAGAAGAGCUAAUUUUCCGGUAUUGCAGUGGAUCUUGUGAUGCAGCUGAGACCACCUACGAUAAAAUUUUAAAAAACUUAACCAAAAAGAAAAAACUGGUCACUGACAAAGUGAGGCAAGCCUGUUGCAGACCCACAGCCUUUGAUGAUGACCUGUCCUUUUUGGAUGAUAACCUGGUUUACCACAUACUUAAAAAACAUUCCGCAAAAAGGUGUGGAUGCGUCUGACAGCUGCAUGCUGAGGCGGCACCAGUUUUCCAUUCCUGCUACACUGCAAAGAGAGGGACCAAGGUUCCCAGGGAAGUGUCUGCUCCAAAUGGAGGAAAAAGGACCAAGAACACAGAAUGAGGAGCCAAUGAGAGCCUGGGGAUAAGGAGGAAUGUGGCAGAGUAGAAGGAUGGAGACUUCUGACGUCCUAUGGGGAUUUAGAUAAAAGCUCAGGUGGAGAUGACGAUGGAUGGAUGAUGUGCACGCUACCUUUCCUGUUUGACUCAGUCCACCAUCAGUGAGACUCAAUCCAUGAGGAACGUGCUUAAAAACACAACCCUGCCAUACCACGCUGUGUUGUAGUUAUGCCAUGAUAUAUCAGUUAUACCAAGAAGCUUAGCUAAGAAGUAGCUUAGGAGUACCUUACUAAUCCCCUGUGCCCUCAGCUCUACUGAAAGACACAUUGUGCUACUGCUCAUUGGAGGGCAGUUCCUGAGUGCUUAGGACAACUCCUAAGCUAUAAGAUUACCCUUGUAAGUAAGAUGAUAUUGGGCAAAUAUCAAAAUGACCAGGCUCAAGUUCUUAUGAAGCAAAACAGUUCCGCUUACUGGCUAAGUUUGGUUAUUUCCAUCUUGUGUUACUUCGAAAUGAGUGCAGGAUUUUGUUCUUCUGCUACCUGUGAAAAUAAGUUGAGUUUUUAAGCACUUCUUCCUAGUUUAGUAAGAGAAAUAACAAGCCCAGCCUACACAAAAUGCGUUUAUUUAGGUUUACAAAGGACUAAUGUCACUUGCAUAACUACAUUUCUAUUUGGUCAUUGUGAUUGAGAGAGACUACUUGAUGCAAUGCAUCCCUUCAGAGACAUAAGUAUACAGAAGAUAUUUAUUGAGAUUAAGUUAUUAUUAUUUAUUGCAGUUCAGUAAUGAGUCUCCUUAUUUAUUAAAGUGUCUUUCAAAGGUGCCAAAGUAGAUGGCGCUUGGGGAUAUAGAGAGACAAAGACGUUGGGAACAACGGUCCAUGCUUUUGAUUGAAAAUGUUAACUUGAAUGCAAAAAAUCACUUACUUUACCUUUUUUUCUUUUAAACAAAAUCUUGGUUAUGUUCACAAAAGGUAGUGCUGAAGCCUGCAGCCCUUAUUCCUGUCACUAAGCCUUUUGAAAGUUACUACAGUCAUACAUGUGCAGGAGCAGCAAUGGCUCUGGACGAGUGAGGGUCGCAGGACUUGGCUCAACAUUAGCAAUUUGUAAGAAAAACUAAUUUUAGUCAUAUUUUAAAUGUAGCCACAUUUUUUUUUCCUCACACUUUAUGCCAACUGACCUCAUAUAACUAUUGACAAAUGGAAAAUAAUCACAUUUAGCCUUAUAAUUUCUAGUUAUAUUUAUUUAAGCUUUUCCUUCCGUACUUCCGUAUAGGAGAGGUUAAAUCCCUCUUACUAGUUAGCCCUGGAUUUAAUAUAGCCUGCAAGUAAACAGUUGUGUUAAAUAACCAGAGUGUUUUGUAUAAUUUGCUGAAACAUUACAGGAUCAUACCCAUGCAGCAGAACAGUCCGAGUUAGGAGGAGGGAGGCCGUACAGCAAAGUUGUUUGUACGUGACCGCUAACACAAACUCUCAUUCUGGAGACAUUUUUCCCAAAGGAGGAGGAGUGCAGGUCACUAGACAUACCUGACAACCAGUGAAGCAUCAACUCCCACAAAAGCAACAUGAAAAAAAAAAUCCUUAUUGAAAACCAUGGUCCAACCUUUUAUCUCAUGCAUGUAAUGGCUCUCCAUGCUCAUUUUGCCCUGGGCCCCUUGGGAGACCACUGAAGAAGGGUCUAGAGGUCAAAAAAGUCCAGAACAGGCAUAGAAAGAUGUACCAGGUGUAUGGCAUGUAAUUAAACCCAACUUCGGCCGGUUUCCUGGCGGAGGGGGAUAGCCCUGGCAAACCACCAGCAGGGUCUGUUCUCACACUGCCACCACGGGGACGCCGUGCCCUCCAUGCUGCUCAGGGGAGGUGACACCACCCCACUGGCACGAUGUGGGCACUGAGCACCUGCCAGGCGGAGGGUCAGCUGCGCUGCUGGGCAGCUGAUUGGCGACAGCGCUCAGAGCUGUGCUUUCCCUUGCCCCUGCUGAUGAAAACUUGCCUCAGAGCAUUUUCUGUGCAGCUUGAAGAGGCUGCAACCAAAGCAAAUCUCUAUGUUCAAAAUACAAAAGGGUAAAGUUUGUGAUUUUUUUAAAUUUUUUUUUUUUUUUAGGGUUUUUUUUUCGUUUUUUUUUUUUUAGUUUUUAGACCUUACUGAAGACAGGAGUGUGCUUCUCUGGAUUUUUUUACUUCACCUGCAAUUUUAUGUCUCAGUCAUUUGUG